ACACGCAUGUGACACGGUUGACUUUUGUUGCCGCUGAGCCAAGAAAGUGUGUGAGUUCAUUGAACAUAGUGGUAUGUACGUACAGUAGUAAUACUACGGCAGUACUAGGGGAACAAUACUAUAUUACUACGUCAUUACAGUACUAAACUACUAUUGUAUGUAGUUCUGUUGUACUCGUUUGUACUCAACGCGUGCGCCAGAUUGGCACUUUUCACCAGGGCCUGUCCAGUAGCACCGCAAACAUGCGUGCGGACGUACACGAGUGAUAUUCACAGUGCUACUGGCAAGGGGGGCUGACUCCCAUAAUACUUUGUAAAGCCUAAUACAAGAAUAAUACCUAUAACAUCUAUAAAACUAUAAUCUAUAAUACCAUGAAAAUCAGCUUUUGUGGUGCAGUUUUCUUUUUUAGCUUUAAAAUGACAGAGUUUUGCAAUUGUAGAUGAAGGAAGUUCAGGGUUGUUAAAUGGAGAAGGAGUACCAAAACAGCGCUAAAAUAGUUGACGGGGAGCCCUUAAUAACUCACUUGCACAUUUUAUAAAUUAUUUUUCCAUAUGGAAAACCACGAAAUACGACACAAAUAUCGACAUACAAUAUCCGAAAUAAUACCUACAAUAACUCCAAAGUACCUAUAACAUAAUACUUCGUACGCGGUUCAGGAGUUGGGCACGUGUCGCUCGUAGCGUUAUCUGGCCGCGAGGCCACAAGAAACUGGCACGUCCGCAAGAAAACGGCAACGGGUGUGACUUCGCGUGGAGAGAGAUUUGCAGUGUCGGCGCUCUGCGCGGCAUGCUGUCUGAGGUCAUUUAAGGUCAAUUGGCGUAUGAGGCGCAUUAGCGCGACAUUCCUGGCCCCAACCAGUCUUGCGCUGACUGCCGUGGAGUGCGGCAGUGGUCCCCUUGGCCGUCGCGACACGUGCCGUGGAAUUCGCGUCGCAACGAUGGCGGAUGGAUACGCCAACGACAAUUUCCAAGCCGAACCUGGUUACAACCUGCGAAUUUUGGUGGAACCACAGCCUUUCUACCGAUUGAGGUAUGCAACAGAAAUGAAGAGUUUUCAUGGGGCUCUGAAAGGUUCCGGUGCUCCAUAUCCUAUGGUUAAGCUCGAACAGACUCAUCUGAUGGAAGAGACUGAAACUUUCAUUCGGGUUUCUGUGUUUACUGCCUCGGGUGAACCUCAUGUUCAUCAAAUUGCCCUGAAAGGACCAGGCGCAACUGCUUGGCGGCUCGGAAAGCAUGCAGACAUUAGUGUGUCUUCUCAGAAUAACUUCCAGGCACAAUUUGACCCAAUGCCAUUGUGUGAACCUAUGCUUGCGCUAACAUUAUAACAAGUUCAAUUUCGAAACUAACGAGUGAAAUAAAUUGUAUUUGUCAAGCAGAGCAAGCGUAUGUAUGAGUGCAUUGUUCUCCGAGGAACGCAUAUCUCAACAAAAAUGCUGCUCAUUUGAUGCCAUCGACCAACAAAUAAAUGAUGACUACGAUUGGAUUGCUGUCAAUUUGGACAUACCUAAUACCUAAUAAUGACAUGUUCUCAUGGGUUAACAAUUGCAGAUUUAAGAACUUGGUCAUUAUUCGAAGAUCUCAAUCCGAAUGGAUAAAGGAUGAAGUCACGAGGCAAAAGAAAGAAUGUAUGAACACAUACCCGCCAAUUGCCGAGGAAAAGCUUACAGACUGGGCACGACAGAC